AUGCUGCUACAAUCGUUUAUUGCGUUGGCGAUAUUUGCAACGGCGCUAGCCUUCCCGCGUCUUGACCAACCGGUUCCCCUCCUCGAUGUGCAAAGACUCGCGGCUGGCUGGCAGCGCGUUUUGACAAGAGGUUUGGCAGAGGAGAGCUGCGAUGCGAGCUGUCACUAUAUGAGCUUGUGCGCGCCGGCAACGAACCUACAGGUGUCCUCGCUUCAAAACUCCAAAAUUUUCCACAAAUUGUUGCUUACCUUUGUCGAGGAAAUUCGCGCGACAUGUGGAGGAGCAAGAAAUGGCUCGCUCCAACUGGACGCCGGCACGCCGAACACAUUUACUUGCCUCGAGUGCUUCCUCUUUGGAGACUUGCUCAAAUUUGUCACGCAAAACUUUUUUGGAGGGUGGUUGGAAGCGACUGUGAUCCAGGUGUUGGAGGCCAUCUCGUUCUUGCCUGGAACCGACGAUGUUUACCAGCUCGUUACGAUAUUGUUCCAAGCCCUACGGGAAAGCUCGGGUGCGAUCUACACAGAUUUCGGAGGUCUGCUUGGAUGCCCUCCAACGCUGGAUGCUCUGAGCCAACAAUGCUGUGGAGGGCAAUGCCCACCGCCA